AUGGUGGUCAAGAACGGCGCAAGCGCAGUCUUCCUGCGAAAACCAACCGCUGCCGACAUCUUCACCGCCUGCUACACGACAAUUCUAGGCGCGGCGACCAUCAUCGACACCCAGAGGAAGAACGAAAGGAGGAGGGAGCUCGAUGACAGGCUAAAGAAAGCCAGGGCGGCGUCGGCCAACCUAGCCGCUCAAGAGUCGUUAGGUUCGCAUGAACCGAAGGACUACCUCCAUGCCGAUGUCCCCGGCGACGAGCGCCCUCGCAAGUUGUGGCCACGGAGAAAAGAGGCACGUCCCCACGGUGCCCUCUUCCAAGAGCUAGGGCCUAUGUCUGAAAUCACUCGUUGGCGGCCCCGGCGCACGUCUUGGCUGCAAACCCAACUAGAAUGGGUCGAAACGGAGGCUGCCAUCGCCGCCGAGGAGCGAGACCCGGAUAUCGUUCUCCGGGAGCCAGACAGCGACUCCAAGCUACAGAGGACAACGACGACUAUUGUGAAUCUGGUGAAUCGCCUGCUAUGGCAAAGUUGGGCGGGAGAGAGCAGCCGGAGUCAAGAUCGCGCAGAGGCGAGGUGGGAAUCCAACGGAAGAGAAGAUGCCAUCUUGCGAGAACUCAGGGAACAACUCCAAACCUCACACUAUCCAAGUUAUAAACAUCCAGCCCGAGACCCUGACAAUGCCGCAAUGACUCGCUUCCUUCUCGGCGAGUCCAUUCGGCGAAUCUUCAACCAGGCUUCCAGCUCCAAGGAAGUAGUGGGCAAAAUAUGCUAUAACCUCUUAACUUCAAGUGCCCCCCCGACCAUGCACACCUAUAACAUGCUCAUCGCUGGCUUUAAUAGGAUUGAGCGCCAUGACCUCGCGCAGACGGUCAUCGACUCGUACCUCCGCAGCACGGCUUGGCCUGCCACCCAGCAAACCAUCAUCUGUAUGCUCAACCACUACCGGGCCGUCAAUCGGAAGAAGGGUAUGCGAGAUGUUAUCAAGAGAAUGAGAGGGGUCAGGGGCACAGGCCUUCACUUUCUAAUCAUCGACAAGAGGGCCGUCUAUUCGAGACAGUGGCUGCUGUGGGCUACGGAGAAUUGCGCCAGCCGUAAGUAUGCUUUUGUCCGACGGGCGCCAAGGAGCGAUGAAGUCUUCAACACUAUUAUCAAGGGCUGGCUGCAUUACGGAGAUGUUGGCAACGCAUGUAUGGUGUUCGUAGCUUGCCUGCGGAACGGGUUUUCGAUCGCCGCCCAAACACUCCAGGAGCUUCUCUUAACUUGCUUGGCGGUGGUCGAUUAUGCAGCAGCGCGAAAGCUGGUUAGGGGCUUUGCUAAGCACACGGACAAGUUCAAAGCAUUGGUCGAUGGGAUCGUCAGUCAAGAAUCGAUUUCAACAUGCCGUCAGGUCUUGAUGUGCCUUUAUUACCUGCUGGAUAUCUGCUGGUUUCCGAUAAGAGGAAUCUUCUCGCCCUUUGUCAAGGUUUUUGAACGGUCGCUGCAAAAGCUGAAGUUUCUCGUUCACCGAGCUCGAUUUGAAGUGGAGAUACUAGACACGGAUGGCCUAUAUACAACGACACUCAAAAACCUCAACUCAAGCAACCUCCUAAUAAGCCCGCUGAACGCGACCAUCGCUACCAUGGAUCUGGCUAGGCGGAGCAGGCAAACAGCUAUAGAGACAUUCGUCGGCUUCAGCAGAUUGGCGAUGCUUCUGUCAAUCGACCGAAGGUAUUCCGACCUCGAGGCAAGAAUAAGACCUAUGAUUGCGCAAGCGAGAGCGAUCAUCAUCAACAUCAAAACAGGUUAUGACCUCGACCCGUCUUCCGUCCUCGGCUCGGCGCGACCCGAGAAGGCAACCCAACAACGCCGCUAUGAUUCUCUCUGCAACGCGCUCCAGGUUAUCCGGCUUCAGGCUGGCCCAAUGACGCAGGAGGGUAUCAGACAGCAAUUGCUUGAAUAUCUCCCGGAUCCCGCGCUGGCCAGGCAAUUCGAGAGCUCCGGGAAUGUGGAAAAUAUAACGAUACGGGCCCUGGUGAGCUUCUACGUCUCGGAUCCGCCUUUCCCCGACGAGCCUAUGGGCCGCGACUUUUGCGAGACAAUAAGACGGCUAGAACAAGAGCUUACCGAUGCGGAAAACAUGACCAGAGCGAUUCUGUUUGCCUACCUCAGGGGCGAUAUUCAGCGGCAACUAAGGUUCUUGUGCCCCUAUUGGUAUCAAACGCCCCUGGAAAAGCUCGUUAAGCAUCACUUGCGAUUGCGUUUCCCGAAGACCCCUCCGGCUGGGGGCGGAUCGCAGCCAGGGACUUUUGGACUGCAUAGGGGAGAAAUUCCAGCAGCAAGUACUGCCGAGGAGCCGCCUGCAGAGGGCGCGGAUGACGCAACCGACAAUGUCGGCGAUUGUACGGCAGAGUCAAGCCGGGGACAAGAUCUAUUUCGGGCGAUCGCCGAGCCCUGUCUUUCAGGGCUAUAUCCCCCGCAGAACAAGGGCGGGCUGUUUUCCUUCCAGACAUUGGGAGGAGAGGCUAACCCGAGCAGGUGGCAGAACAGGAUGAGGCGCUACUCGGCGGGAUCGGUGAUGGAUUCGUUGGCCCUGUGGAGGCUCGAAGAGCGCGAUCUAUGGUCUAGUUUGCCUCGCAACCAGGUCCCCGAGUGGGCGUCUUCUUACAUCAAUUACAAGAGCCUGAAGAAGCUGGUCAAGGCGGCUACGGUGGCGUUGAGGGCCGGAGAGACGGUGGAUUUAGCAGAGUUUUUCUUCGCUCUGGACCGCAACCUUGAGGAUGUCGACGCCUUCUAUAACAAGAAGUUUGCCGAGGUUCACCGCCGGGUCAAACUACUAGAGGACAGAUACGGCAGGAGCCCUGACGUUGUUGCCGACCUGGAUGAUCAUGAGAGCGAAGAGUUGAUGGGUGCCCUGCUUGAGCUUCGAAACCAGCUGAGAAAUCUGCAGUGGUUCGGGGAGAUUAACCGGAGAGGUUUCGUUAAGAUCACGAAAAAGCUGGAUAAGAAGAUACCCGGAUCGGUCACUCAGCAGCGGUAUAUAGCCACCAAGGUCGAUCCUAAACCGUUCGCCAAAGAUGCGACCACGGCACGGUUGAUCGCUGAGAUCAAUAAAUGGCUCUCGGUGCUUGGAGAUGCGCAAAACUUCGAUGACGCCGUGUCAGAGAAGUCUUCGCGCUCGGUGCGCUCUCUAGGGAGAGUGGCCGCCAAGGCCAUGUCGAGUGUCCCGCAAGCUAUCCUCGACAAGCUCGAUGCUGCGAUUCGAAACGAUGAUGCUGCAGCUUUGCGAGGUAGCUUAACCGACGAGAACCUGGUCACUCGCGAGCAGGCCUCCCAGGACAUGCUUCUCAACUUCCUCCAGCGGUCCAUCUCAUCGCGGUCAAGAAUAUGCAUCGCGUACCUCCUAGAGCAAAUCAAUGUUCUAGACGAGCCGUCCGACUUGAACGAACGGAACUGUAUCCACCGCCUUGUCAUUCACAUUGGUCGGAGCAAAUCGUCUCUCGCAGGCGACUUGGAACCCAAUGCGGUUUCUCUCCCGAUCAGCUCUCACUAUACAAAUCAUUAUAUUGCGCCGAAUGAAGCAAAUGGGUCUACGUCGCUCCAGCCAGCGAGCAAUGAUACCUCUGGAUCAGCGCUGCUAAGUAAAGACGACGAGGCGGUGAAGAUCUUAUGUUAUCUCCUCGAUAACCUCAGACCAGGCCAGCGGUCUGCGCUGGCGGCCGCCGACUCGCUGGGACGUAUUCCUCUGCAUUACGCGGCGCAAUUUGGUUUCGUAGUCCUCUGUCAGGUCAUCAUGGCAAAGAUGCAGGAAUGGGGCCAGUUCGACGUCGAAAACGGGAUCGAUGCACCCGAGUGGCAGGAUAAGGAAGGCAACGCGCCGCUUCAUCUGGCCGUUAUCGGUGGUCAUCCCCUGACAACAAAAUGCCUCCUUCAAGGAGAGAACUGGCAGGGUUCAACCCACAAAGAGGGGGCCAGAAGAAAACCCAUAUCCAAAUCCAGCGCCGUACUGGCAUUGGCCACGAAGGCAAAUUUCGUAUCCAUCGUGCGAAUGCUCGUGGAGGCGGACGUGGAUGUCAAUUGGCAGGAUGCCACAGGCGAGACCGCGUUGCACAUCGCCGCUCGUUUCGGGCACGUAGAAUGUGCUAGCAUCCUCCUAGAGGGUUCGGCCGGGAGAACGACAAAUUUGGAGUUGACCGAAAAAUCGUUCGCGUGGACCCCUCUGCACAUAUCGGCCGUGGACGGGCAUCUUCCCGUGGCGAAGCUUCUAGUGGAGGCCGGAGCAGAUGUCGGAAGGCCAGACUCUUUUGGCUGGACCUCCAAGGAGCACGCGGCCUUGAGGGGCCACCUGGAAAUCGCGAAGCUCCUUGCCUUGCAUGCUGCCACUUCAUCUCCGUCUAGUGAUAGCAUGGAGGCGACGCAGCCAUCAUCUCUAGCCUCUUCCUCCCCCCCCGAGACAUCCUCGCUCGAGGACCGUCGGUCAGACGGAAGUACUAGAAUCCCGGAACCGAUCAAGUCCUUUGGCCAUCGUUACCUCAAGGAUAGCUGUCUCAUCAUGGUGAGCCUUGGGUCUAUGGACAUGCGGAAGAACGUCGAGGCUGUCAAGCUUGAACGCGUUCCCCUGGCGGAAGCACACAUAAACCAGCUUGAUACCGCCUUGUCCCUCGUAGUGUCGGCCAGGGGUGCGCAGGGCGAACCUACAAUUAUUGAUCUGCCGGUGCAUGAAAGCAUUUCUACGGAGCCAAUCCUAUUCACAGCCUCGGAUAUCUCGCAUGUAAGACUGCUCUUCGAUAUCGUGCCGACAUACUCCGGGAGCGAGAAGAACAAGAUUGGCCGCGCCGUGGCGUUGCUAUCUUCAGUUCGCCCAUCGCUGGGCACAAAACGGAUGAGCCUCCAAGGCGACGUAUGCGUGCCAAUUAUGGGGGCGAAUCUCGAAGUCAUUGGCGCCGUCAACUUCAACUUUCUCAUCAUCACGCCCUUCUCGCAUCCAAACAUGGAAGUCAAUUCUCAGCAAACGUACUGGAAGAAAUUAUCAUCGACCAUGGUUUUCGGCCACCGCGGCCUCGGCAAGAAUUCCCUUCAGAACAAGUCGCUCCAGCUGGGGGAAAACACCAUUUCCUCAUUUAUUGCUGCGGCCAAUCUGGGCGCACACUAUGUCGAAUUCGAUGUUCAGCUAACCAAAGACCACGUUCCCGUCAUCUACCACGACUUUCUAGUGAGCGAGACCGGGAUAGAUGCGCCCGUCCAUACGUUGACCUUGGAGCAAUUUCUCCACAUCAACAAGGAAUCGAAGUCUGGGUCGGGCAAGGGGUCACCGGAGAAGAAGGGAAACGAUGCCAAUGGUAACGGUGUGAGAGAGCCGGGCACGAGGCAAAGGUCUCUCUCUAUGGAUUUGGCCAAGGGUGCGAAGGAUAGCCUCGACGAGCGCAUGAAGUAUACGCUCAACUUCAAGGAGAGAGGGUACAAGGCAAACACGCGCGGCAAUUUUGUCCAAGCACCUUUUGCUACGCUCGAAGAGCUCUUCCAAAAAGUGCCCCAGCACGUCGGAUUCAACAUCGAGAUGAAGUAUCCGAUGCUCUUCGAGAGCGAGUUGGAGGACAUGGACACCUACGCGAUCGAGCUCAACUCGUUCUGCGACACAGUACUCACCAAGGUGUAUGACCUAGCCGGGAGCCGCCACAUCAUAUUCAGCAGCUUCAACCCAGAUAUCUGCCUCUGCCUCAAUUUCAAGCAGCCUAGCAUUCCGAUCCUGUUCUUGACGGACUCGGGAAUCGGCGUGGCCAGCGACAUCCGAGCGAGCAGCCUUCAAGAAGCGAUCCGGUUCGCGAGUCGGUGGAAUCUGCUCGGCAUCGUGAGCAACGCGGAGCCGUUCGUGAACAGCCCUCGGCUGGUUAAGGUAGUGAAGCAGACGGGUCUAGUCUGCGUCAGCUACGGGACCCAGAACAACGACUCUACCCUAGUCAAGCGCCAGGUGAAGGAAGGGAUUGAUGCGGUGAUCGUGGAUAACGUACUAGCGAUCCGACGAGAACUUACUGAGGAAUAG